AUGAUGGAAAAGAACUUCUCCUCAAGCUUGACUUUACCAACUGCUUCUACAGCUUCAUCCGAAUUGUCUGAUGAGAAAUAUGCCGAACUUCCUUCAGAGAAAACUACUUCAACUAAAUCCAUGAGUGAUGAGGAACAAGGUGACUUGGAAUCAAAGGGCGGGUCGCCUUCUUAUCAAACAGACGACCACAAACCAUCUUUUAACUACGACUUGGAAAUCUUCAACCUAUGUAAAGAAUAUUUAAGGACAAAAAACCAUCAUGGAUUAGCCUUAAUUGCCAGACAGAAAGGAAUACCUCCGUUUCUCCGAUUUAAAGUGUGGCCCAUUUUAUUGAAAUACCAUCCGUUUGUCUUGGAACCAUUCAUUCAACCGGAUAAUGAGAUCAUCAAUGAAGCGAGUGAUGUGGAGAGUACCUCGAGUAAGGAAACUUCGUCGUCCUCAAAAGGGUAUCUCAGUCAGUCGGAAAGCGAUUAUGAAACAAGAUCCGAGAGUCGAAAAGAUUCAGAUGCCAGCACUGAGAUUGAAAAGAAAAUUAAAAAGGAUAUCGCCAGGUAUAUCCAACGACUCUACUACUUGAAAUCACACGAGUUGACACCAAUUGAAAAAGAAAUCAUUCACACGUUGGAGAGCUCGGUGCUAAAGUUUACCCUCAAAUGGGCAAAGAUCAUCAAGUAUGAUACAUCGCUAUCAUGGAUGGCAUUGAAUUUGGCAGAGUGGUUCCCACCAAUACCGAAAACACCGUGGGUUUUGGUUGGGAGGGACCAUUCACAAAAGGGGUCAUCAUUGAUUGCUAGUGUUGUUGACGACUACUCAAACUAUAUCGACCAUAUCCCAGGUUUGGACAAGUAUCUUGAUGAUUUGAUAUAUAAAAACGAAACGAUUUCAAACAUGAGUUUCCACGACGUUUAUGAAAGAUUGGUGUUGGUGCUAUUGCAUUGCCCUGACCCAGCAGCGAAAGCGUCAAGUGAGAAUGAGUCUACUUCUGAUAAGAAUGAUCACAAGGAUGAGAGAAAACAGUCAAAGAUGAACAAGACAACAUUGCCGAUAACUGGGGGCACAAUUGAACAAAGAGUUUCCCUUUUCAUAUUUUGUUUUCGUAAGUUGCUUCCUGAGCUUGCCCAGCAUUUCCACGAGGAGCAAAUAUUGACCAAAUUUGGCUGUCUGGAUGAUGAAUGGUUAAUAUGGUGGCUUAAGUUUUGCGGGACUAAAGUGUGGUCGAAGCACGAUCGCGGGCGAAUUUGGGAUUUUCUUUUAGGCUGGAGGCUCAAGAAUCCGAAACGAAGCUUUAACUACUACUACGAAAAGCUAAACUAUGUGAACAGAAACACUUUGCAGAAGUUGGGUCCUGAUGUGUUUUGGACAGUUGGGUCUGGAGAGAAUGAAACACCCAGCAUCGACCCAAGAAGAAACUCUUUUAGGGAUUUAAUCAACGAGUUGAACAACGAACUUCAUAUAUCGAAAUCCGAUCUUUUGCAAACAUCUGCCGAUCCUUCCUCACCAAGUGAUUCAAAGGAGAACAAGAAUUGUCCAAGCCUAUCUAUCCCCUUCUCAAGAAUUGACCCCCAUGUUGCCUUGAUAUUCAUUUCGGUAUCUUUGCUCAAGUCGAAAGAAAACACGUUGGUGGAACUUGACCAGCACGAGAUUAGACAAUUCCUAUCGAGACUCCCGUCCAAAUCUUACAAAUAUAAUCAAAAGUCGAGAAAGCGAUCAAGUCAAACGUUUAACUCGAAUUCGACUUCAAGGAACGGCUCGCCACCGCUUCUGCCAAAAGAAGAAACACCGAUUAAUAACAUCAUCAUAUCCAAUGAUAUGCGAAACGACAAACACAAGAUAAAUUUUAUUGACAACAUUAUAUCAGAGUCAGGGGAGUUGUGGCGAAAGUGGUUAUGGUCUGAGUUUGUUGAGGAUAGCUGA